CAACGUUUUUUGAAAUAAUUAGAUUAGGUGGGCGUCAAUUGUUAAGGGUAAAAGGGUUAAAAGAAUAAAAGUGAAAUUAAUGGGAUCAAUUAAUGAAAGUAAUUAGAUUAAGUGGGCAUCAAUUGUUAAGGGAAUGGGUUAAAAGAAUAAAAGUGGACAUUAAUGGGAUCAAUUAAUGAAAGUAGGCAUCAAUUAUUUUGGAGAAAAAAAUGAAAAAAUUAACAUUGAUGAGGAUCGAACACUAGUCACCCAGCUUACAAGAUAACCAAUGUUGCGCUGGGAACUUUAAUUUUGUGUAUCAUAUUAGCACACGCUUUAAAUAAUUAAAUAUAGUCCAGUUAAUUCAUAAACUUCAGAAUUCCCGAGUAUUCAUACGUGAUUUUUGAAAUUCUCGAGGGGGCCGGGGCCCCCCCAAGGGACUGUGUAGCUCCGCCCCUGAUGGACAGUGACUUGGUUCCGCGUGCAUCAUGAUCGGUGCCAAGUUGGAUCAAAUUCUUUUCUUCCUCUGAUAUGACCAAGUUUGUCCACUCGGUUUAGUCCGUUGGCCUGUUUGAGUUAGUGGGUCAAGGGUUAAUGUGUCAAUCGAUUUAGCGCGACUUAACCAGUUUAACUUGGAUAUAUGCAAAAAAAUAUUAUAUUAUACAUGCAUAUAUACAUUAUAUCAUAUCUUACAUUAGAUAAUAAUAACAUAUAACAUUCCAUCAUCCCAUCAAAAUAGUAAUUCAAAAGAACUAAUAAUCUCCACAUAAUUGAUUGUGAGGUUCAUUUGACAAAUAGUCAGAAUUGUAUAAAUAAUCCGUGACAUAGGUCGUUUGAUAUUUGCGAUUGUUACAAUCCUUGUAUUCUAUAAUGCAUGUAUUGUAAAUUGGUGUAUUAUACAAAUUGGUGCAUUGUAUGAUUACAUCGUUUGGUAGUUGUAAUUGUAUUAUUGAAAAUAUAUUAUAGGGUUAAUUGCAUGGUUGGUCAUUGACAUUACAAAAAGUGUUCAUGUUUGGUCACUAGAAAAAUUUAAAUCCAACUUUGGUCACUAACUUUACAAAAACCGUUCAUUUAUGGUCACUCUCCGUUAGCUGCCCUCCAACGCCGUUAACGGAGUCCGUUAAGUGAUGACGUGGCUGACGGAUUCGCCUAAUCAGCACCUUUUGACCCAAAAAUUGACUGACCCGACCCGCCACGUCAGUUAAACCCUCCAUCUCAGCCAAACCUAACCAAACCAGGCCACACCCGACCCGACCCAACCCACCAACAAAAAUGACCCACCCGCCACUAAUCAAAACCUAAUUUCUAAAACCUACAGGACAUUCCCCUUCUCCUCUCCAUCCCGCGCCGCCUUCAUCUCUCUCGCGAAACUUCCUCUCCGCUCGUUUCAUCGGCGACGAAGGAUGAAUGGAGCCCGCGCCACAGUGUGGUUGACUGUUCUCCUUGGGCUCGCCUGGUGACUUCGAUUGCGCCUUCCUUGGGCUCGCCUCCGCCGCCGCUUCCGCUGCCGCCGCUGUUGUGGUCGUCGUCUUCGUUGUUGAGGGCGGAAUUGUGGAGGGAAGGGUGGUGGUGGAGGUCGAGGCCGCCCGGGAGGCCGCCGACCGGGCCGGUCACCCCAGGGGUUGGCCAGGGCUGCGAUUCGAGGUUGGAUUAAGAAAAAGUUGAUGAAGCAAACAAAAAUGAUUAAGCAGAGAAGACAGAGAGGGAGAGAAAGAAGGAAGGGAAGGGUUUGUUGUGGUUGGGUUUGUAAUUAGUUGUAGUUGGAAUAAUAGUUAAUGGAGAUUUGGGAAAGAAGGGAAAGAGGCCUCAGUUUUGUUGUUUAGUGGGGGGGAGAUGGAGGAUGAGGAGGAGAAAGUCAAAAGGCAGUGGGGGGAAGUUUGCCGUCUGUCCGUGGAUGGAUGGACUCUACUGUUUGUAUGUUUCUUUCUUUCUUUCUUUGUCUCCUUGAUUGAUGUUGCUCGACUACAGUGAGUGUAGAGGAAGUAUGGUUUUGAGGAGAUGUGAGUUUGGUUUAGGAGAGGGAAUUAGAUGGAGAGGUAGAACCCUCCUCACUCACAAUUUUUUUUCUUCUGCAGGGGAUGGCUCUGCUCACACUGUCAGCAUCAAUCCACGUCCUGAAACCAACCUGCGACUACUACUCCGCGAGCCCCGUCUGCCACGCGACCGGGUCCCAGACGUCGGUCUUCUUCGUGGGGCUGUACCUGAUAGCGCUGGGGACCGGCGGGAUCAAGCCCUGCGUGUCGUCGUUCGGGGAGGACCAGUUCGACGACUCCGACCCGGGGGAGAAGGCGAGGAAGGGAUCCUUCUUCAACUGGUUCUACCUCUCCAUCAACAUCGGCGCCCUGGAGAAAGGAGUCAACCACACUGUGGCGCAGGCUCCAUUCCUCCUUCGUCGCCGAUGAAACGAGCGGAGAGGAAGUUUCGCG